AUGACAAGGACAAAGCACAAGAACGUACUACCGAACACGUACGUUCCGGUCCUUUCCAAAGAUGUACUUACGGCGGUUCUUAACAGACUUCAAAAACAGAGUCUCAUAGCGCUUAUGCUGCUUUGGCCUCGACUCAAAAACACUCAACCCCAACUAGAUAAGGAGAAUGCGUCCCAUAGCCAGGUAGAGCUCAACCGUAUGGCACGGAAUGAUGCUGCCGAGAUGAAAGAGAGUGAGAAGAAAUGGACCAAAGCCAAGAUCAUUGAUAAGAUCUUAUAUGAGUACUGGAGCCGGGGUCUAAAUCUUCUUCAGUUAGCUCAGGUCGACUGUCAGCUAAUUGUCGAUAAUUCCAGUGCCUUUUUGUGGAACCUGUCAACCGUCAGGAAUGUCGAAAAUAAGGAGAUUUCUUUAUCACUUGAUCCUUCCAUCUUUCUCGACGCUUUGGCAGCAGAAUUGAGUAAGCUUUUCAUGUCGUAUAUCUACGUUUGCAAGCACCCGAAAUUGCCCCUCAUACUAGUUCGUGUCCAAGUCUUUGACUUGAUGCCCCAACUCAGUCGUGGAAGAAAGCAAUCCAGGUCACAGCAACCACAUAUAACGUCGCAUAAACCAUACAUUUUGGCAUUUCCUUGCAAUUCGCCACAUCUUAUACAUUCGCCUGGGGCUGACCUUGUUUCUCAAGUCAUUCUCACGGUGGUGGAGAACUGCCUCUCCCACAAUCGACGUGAUCAACAUCGCUUAACUACGCCGUCAAAUCAGAAAGCUGUCAGGUCCCUCGAGGCCAUGCAUAUCUUAAAAGGCUGUUCAAGAUUCGGCAAUAGUUUGGGUGCAUGGACGCCCUACGCUGACGGAACGGUAGACUGUUCGCCUCUCGCAAGUAUAUCAAAGCAGCUAGAUCACAAGGCGAAAAAAGAGACUGCAGUAUCCAAGGAAGAUCGCUUCAGAAAGCUUGCGAAUAUUCGCUUUAAGGGUACCGCAGGAGCAACUCUCAAGUCUACAAGACUCUAUGAUGAUGUGAGGCCGCUUAAAAAAGCAAAAGUAUCCAAUGGACAACUGGAGAUACAAUUAGAGAACGAAUUUGCAUCUAUCGCCCCGGUAAGGUUUGUUCAGUUCGAAUUGAACGAGCAAGUAAAGGAAAAUGAUGACGAGCCGUCACUGGUUACUAUGAAACUUAUUGGGACAGAUGUCUUCGCGGGACUUCAUGAGUUGGCCGCUAAUGCAUUUGAAGAGGAUUCGGCUGUCGUCGACCCAAGGACCAUCCCAAGGUGGUUGACGGGCGAAGAAGGUAUUAAAUGUGGGAAGGUUAGAAAUGGUCGCUUCGAAAGCGACCCGGAGUAA